AUGCCCCCACCAAAGCUGAAGAGAGUAAAAAAGGCUCAGCCCAAAGCCAAGGCCACUGACGCCGAGGCUGAGGAUGCUUUGCCUAUCUCUCGACUGGCUGAGAGCAGAAAGACUACCUCUGCUUCCACAAAAAGAUCCGCUGAAACCCAACCCUCGGGGUCCACACAAUCAAAGAGGCCAAGGUCAUCGUCUGCGACGACCUCGGCGUCGAAGAAGCCCGACGUUCCAUGGGCCCCAGAACUAACUUUGGAAGAUAGGCCUAUUAUGGCCAGUGAAAGCGCCGACGAUAUUAACGUUGGUGUUGCCCUCAGCACUGCUCUUCUCCUUCCAAAGGAUUUGGAACGAAAUGCUGAGCUUAGCGAGGAAGCAUCUUCCAUGAAGAAGGAGAUCAAAUCUCUUGAAUCAAAGAUGAGAAAACUGGAGGGCCAGGCUGAGGCUGCGACUAAGGCUCAACAGUUGGCUGAAGAGAAAGUGGAGUCUGCUGAGGCUAUCCGAAAAGUAGCUGAAGCUGAAAAGAAGGACGCCGAAGUAAAAAAGGCCCAGGCUGAGAAGGAGCUCCAGCAGGCUUUGGCCACCAAGGAGGCCGAAGCCAAGUCCCCUCCUCCUGCUGGGCAAGUGAUGGAUUUAACCUUGGAUGAGGAGGGUGAUGAGGUUGGGGAGGCACCCAAGGAAAUUGCCAUCGGGCAACUAUCAUCCGACCUUCUUUUGGCUGAGAGAAAUCUGGACAAUACGCUGGCUGAGAUUGAUGCUGAGAUAGAAGCAGAAAAGGUUGCCGAGGAGGUUCCACCAGAAUCGUCCGAGGUCCCAGUCCCUGCAGCUGCUAAUACUGAAGAGUCUUGA